AUGGCUACCACCAAGGGAUUAAUCGAUCACCUGUUAUUGGCUACCUGCGAAUGGUUUUUAAUGUUUUGGGUGUUUAUCGAUGCGGCAUUGGCUUAUUCUCUUACAAAAUUCGCUCGCUACUGCGAUCUACAAAUCCCAUGCUUGUUGUGUUCGAGGCUUGACCACUUUUUUGACAAAGAAGAACCCGGAUCUUAUUUUCAUUUGUUCUGCAAUAAACACCAAGAAGAUAUCUCGUAUUUGAUAUAUUGCAAUCUUCACAAUGAGCUUGUUGAUAUACGAGAGAUAUGUGAAGAUUGUUUACAUAGCCAAUCUAAUUUGGAAUGUUACAGGUUUGUGGUGGAUAAGAAUCUUGGUUGCAUGGGUUCCAGUAUAAGAACAUGUUCUUGUUGUAAAAGACAAUGGAAAGAAAAACCGAGUGGUCAAACCAUGAUUGACCCGCAUAUGGUUGGGUCAAGGGGGUGUAAUAGUAAUGUUACCACAAAACCUCCAUUGCCUCGUGUGGGCCCGGGUCCGGGUCCAGGUCCAACUAGACGUGUUAGGUCUAGGCAUGGAGAUGGUGUGAGGAGGAUAAGAAAUAAAACGAAAAACCGUCAUCAUCGUAAGUAUUCAAUGUCUCCUGGAUCAUAUUCUGAUGCCAACAUUACCUCUGAGUCAGAGUUUGAACUCCUUUUUUCUGAUGAUGAUGAUGGAAGCUUGAUCAUGCGAGGUGUCACAAAUGGUGGUGAUAAUCGAAACAAGAUUUUUGGAAGGCAUUCGUAUAGUACACCUGAUUUUGGAUCCCUUCUUGUUGAGUCGCAGCUUCAUGAGCCUAGUGUAAGAACUCGUUCAACAUCCGUGACACCAAAUGUUGCUCGAUCCCUUCGAAGAAGUGAAGAAAAUAAUCCUUAUUUUAAACCCAAGAAAUACAUGAAUCCAUCACCAUCUUCAUCAAUGGAUGGUUGUAUGGCAUCCAAUAGCAUUGGGAGUCAGAACCAAUGCAGGAUUUCUUCCAGACAUUCUUACAGUGCUUGUGAUUUGGGGUCUGCCAUUCUUAUGGAAAUGCAACUUAACAGUUUACCAAGGCGUUCUGCAUCUGUGACACCCAAUAGUUCUGGUCAUGGUUUUGGAGAAUUUAAAUGGCCAAAAUGCCAAACACAACCUGCUUCUUCUCAUGAAACAGUCCAAAAUUAUCUUCACAAAGCCAAGAAAAGUAAGAAGUCGUCAUCAUCAACCAGCUCCAUGAGAAGGUCAGGUUCAUAUGGGCACUUUGAUGAUUCUUCUAUCUCAUGUAACACUGAUACUCAGAAUCGAAACAAGAUCCCUCGAAGGCAUUCAUAUAGUGUGUUCCAGCUGGGGUGUGAGAUUCUUUUGAAUAUGCCUACUGAUGAACCUUUAACAAGUAAUUCUUCUGCAUCUUUCCAACAAAAUGGUUCUUUUGGUUAUGGUUUUCAAGAUCCUAAUAGUAAUAGGAGGCCUGUUCAUUCCUAUUCCUAUUCACAUUCACAAGACCUCGAUUCUCUCAAUGCAAUGUUAUUCCCAAUACAAAGACCUAAUAACGCGUAUGGAUCUAUGGACGAUUCUUUUGUCUCUCGUACCACAGGUAACCAGUGUUAUGACCAUAGCACCCUUCCUCGAAGGCAUUCAUAUAGUUUUUUUGAGAUUGGGUGUGAAAUUCUUCUAAAUAUGCCUAAUGAUGAAACUUUAACAAAUCCUCCUGCAUCCAUCACGCCAAAUCCAAUGCAAUUUCCUAAUAAAAGAGCCAAAAGAGCUAAGAAGAAUCCAUCUCCAUAUUUACACAAGAGUGACGGGCCUAGCUCUUGGGAUGAUUCUGUUAUCUCACACAACAACACGGGUAAUCAAAACGGAAACAGAAACUCAAACCCUCGAAGACAUUCAUACAGUGCUUUGGAGUUAGGAUGCGCACUUCUAUUCGAGUUGCAAAAGGAUGAAAGCUUAAAACGUCCACUGCGUUCUGCAUCAAUGACCCCAAAUCCUCAAAUUGUUCAUGGUUUGGGAGAACAGAACAAGACAAAAUUCAAAAAUCGACCCAAUUAUUCUCGUUCACAUAAUCCGUUUUUAGACAGGAAUCAUGGCAAUGGGUCUCUCGAUGAUUCUGUUGUCCCACGUAACAACAGUAACCGUGGUCAAAAUACACUUCCUCGAAGGCAUUCAUAUAGUGUUUUCCAGCUAGGCGGUGAUAUUCUUCUGAAUAUGCCUCACGACGACGAAAGUGUGACCAGUCAAUCUUCAUUUUUUACGCCAAAUGGUGAACCACAGAGGUCGUCGAUAUUCCAUAUUAAGAACAGUCCUUGUCAUUCACCGGAGAAGCACAAGUCUCGUCAUCCGCAUCCAUUACAUCAUAAUGGGGUGCCAUUGCAUCCACCGACGGGGUCUGUUAAAAGAUUCAGCUUAUCGUCUGAUGUCGGUAACGAUUUCUCAACCGCCUCCUUUUUAGACAAGAAUAUAUGGCAUGGAUCCAUGGAUGAUUCUGUUGUAUACCGUAGCAUGAAUAAUCAGAAUCAAAAUAAUGUUCCUCGAAGACAUUCGUAUAGUGCUUUUGAUUUGGGUCGUGCCCUUCUAGUUGAGAUGAAUCUCGACGAAAGCUUAAAACGUUCCUACCCUUCACCUGCACCAAACUAUUCAUCUGGACAUGGUUUGGGAGAAUUUCAUCAGCCGAAUUUCCAAAAUAAACCUAACACUAGUUCAUCACAACGAAAAGCGAUGCCAUGGCCUAGAAGCGAUGGGUAUGGAUCUUGUGAUGAUUCUUUCAUCUCACGUAAUGCAGGUAAUCAUAAUCAGAAUGAGAAUCGUCGAAGACAUUCUUACAGUGCUCUUGAGUUGGAAUGUGCACUUUUGCUAGAUAUGCAUCUUAAAGAAAGCGCAAAACGUCGUCGUUCUGCAUCAGUAACACCAAGUCCAUAUGGGCAUCAUUUUGAAGAACCAAGGAAUUCAAAGAUCCAAAGUAGACCUGGCCCAAUACCACAACCAACAGGUCCAGCACACCCGGUUAACGGUUUUGGUUCAUCGAACAAUUAUUUAUUUAAUAAUAAUAAUGAUAAUCGUCACCAUGGAUCUCUUGACGACUCUGUUGUUUCACAUGGAAGAGGUAAUAAUCGGAAGCGAUACAGGAAGCUUGUAAAGAAUUCCUACAGCGUUUCUGAUCUAACAUCGCCAUCUUUGGAAAUGCCUAUGGAGGAAGGUUUCACAAGUAAGUCUGCAUCGUUGACACCAAGCUGUUCAAUCGGUCAAGGUUUAGGAGGAUUGGAUUGGUUGCAAUUCCAAACCGGGACAACUUCUGUUUCACCAGAGCUCGAUUCUAAUCAACUACCUCAUAAAAAACGCAAAAAAGAACGUGCAAAAGCCAAGAAAGGUAAGAGGCCACUGCAACAAUCAGGCAACAAUGGUGGAGGUGGAGGUGGAGGUGAUUUAUCAAUGGAUAACACUAACUGGUAUGAUGCUUUUGAUGAUCCUGUCUACUCUAAUGACACGGGAAGUCGAAACCGAUACGCAAUCUUUUCAAGAAACUCCCAAAGUGCUAACGAUUUAGGAUCCGUACUUCUAGAGAUGCAUCUUGAUGACAGUAUAAGAAGCCGUUCUAAAUCUUUAACACCAAAUUCUUCAAUCGGAUAUGGUUCACAAGAAGAAAAGUGGUCAAAAUCCCAAAUUAAACCUAGUCCUUCUCUUUCACCAGAGCGCCAAUUCCAUGCUGAAAAACCCAGAAGACAUGACCACCUAGAAAACGAAAGAGAUAAGAAACAUUUGCCUCCAUUGAUCCCCACAAAAGACGCAGAUUCAUCUACUAAUAUCAGAACCGAUGCAUGCUCAAUGUGUUCAGAAAGAAUGGAUGCGAGAUCUUUGGAUGGAAGUACUUACACUGAAAUGGAGGUUGAUGGUAUUGUGGAGAUAGUGAAAAAAAAGGCAGAAGAUGAUGUCAGAUGCUUGAGAUUGUUGCAAUCAGAAUUAGAAGCCGAAAGAAACGCUGCAACAAUAGCUGCAAAUCAUGCCAUGAACAUGAUCACAAGGUUACAACAAGAAAAAGCUUCUCUUCAAAUGGAGGCCUUACAGUACUUGAGAAUGAUGGAAGAACAAGCGGAAUAUGAUAUGGAAGCUUUACAGAAAGCUAACGAGCUUGUGGAAGAAAAAGAGAAUGAAAUUCAAGAUUUGUUGGAUGAAUUGGAACAAUAUAGAAUCAGAUACGGGGAUUUAUCAAUGGGGAGUAUCCAUGUUCCUAUUAUAAUCUUUGAGAAUGAAAAAAGGUACAUUUUGGAAUCGUUAUCGACACUGGAAAAGAAGCUUCAUCAACUGGGUGAUGGUGGUGAUCAUUUGAAUGAUGACAACAGCUUUUUAACACCUAAAGAUUCAGCGACAUCUAAUGGGGUUUUUGAUAAAUGCCAUGAAAUUGAUUCAGCUACCAUGGAGCAUGAACUUGUAGAGCUUAAAGAAAAGAUUGAAGGUUUACAGGCUGAUAUUGAGCUUGUUAAACAUGCUUGUAACUCACUCCAUGGAAGAUACAUCCUUCUACAAAAACCGAGUUUGCAGCUUAUUACCCAUUUUUAUAAAAUGCAAAUGGAUGUCGUCACACGUGCAUUUAUUAGCAGUAUGCUGUUCUGAUAGCAAGCGUAUGACGAGUGCAAAAUGAUGUUUUCUCACUGGAAAAAUAGGUUUCAUUUAUUUAUAUUAUUUUCCAAUCUCUUUAUUAUUUUGUAGUUGGAAUUAUGAUUUCUUGUUAUUUUGGAUGUUGUAGUUUGGAUGGAAAUAUAUGUUAAAAGUGUACAUUUUUUAGUGGUG